AUGAAAUUUUUAAUUUUUUUGUUAUUUUAUGUUAUAUUUUUCUUUUAUUUAAUAAAUAUUAAUGGAAGAGAUUAUAGACUUGGAUUUUUAUUUAACAAUAAAAAUAAGUAUUAUGAAGAUAAUAUUGGUUUUGAAAAAUCAGCUGGAGUUGUAUCAAUGGCUUUAGAUAGAAUUAAGCAAGAACAAUUAUUACCAAGUUCUGCUAAUUUAUCAUUUUACUGGAAAUUCGACAACUGUUUUGAAAGUAACUCAUCAGGUCAAUCAUAUAUUUUAUCAGAGGUUUAUAAUGUAGAUUUUAUUUUUGGUCCUUCAUGUAUACCAUCAAUAGUUAAAUCUUCAUAUGUUACAAGAAUAUAUAAUACUUUACUUUUUGUUUGGGGUUUUGUUGGUGGAUCACAGAUUUCAAAUUCUCAAAGAUUUCCAAAUGUUUUUUCUGCAUUAACAACAUAUUAUUCUUUAUCUUUUGCAACUAUUGACUUUCUUAAAAUUAAUAAUUGGACAGAUAUUGCUUAUCUUAUUGUUCCAGCUGAGGAUAAACGUUGUAGUAGGAUGUUUGCAGACUUUACAAUUAUUAUGGAUAAUUAUUUUCCACAAGGAAAUUUAAGAUUUUCUUUGAUAACUAGCUCUCCACCAACAAAAACUAAUUUUGACAAUUUUAUGGAAGUAACAAAACCAUAUUCAAGAAUAAUUAUAUCAUGUUUUGAUAGAGAUGAUUGGAAAAGAGAAUUUUUAUUAUAUUUAUAUGAUAAUGGUUAUAAUAAUAAUGAAUGGGUACAUAUUAAUAUGGAACUUAGAAGACGUGGUUUUAUGAAUAGUAAAUUUGAUUCAAAUGAUAAUCCAAUUCUUUUUUAUAAAGAUUUAUCUGAGACAAAUGAUGGUCGUGAUAAUGAUGCAUUUGAAAUGGCGAAAAGAAUGUUUGUUAUUGAUUUAAAUUUAGAUCAAUUAGCAACAAGUAAACUUACUGAAACAAUAUUAAAUGAAAUUAAAAAUUGGCCAUUUUAUUGUGAUUAUUGUACUACAUCUUCCAAUCGAACAGGUAUAUCAACAUAUGCCAUCUUUCUUUAUGAUGUUAUUUAUUUAUGGGCUAUCUUAUUAAAUGCUUCAAUUGAAACAUAUGGUGAAGAAAAAGUUAAUAAAAAUUUUACACUUCUAAGAGAAUUUUGUAAUAGAACAGUUGUUGGAAUUGGUAAUUUAAUGAGAUAUAACCAAGAUUGUGUUCGUUUAUCAAGUUUUAUAGUUAAAGGACUUGAUAAAGAUGAACAUGAAAUAUCUUAUAUAAAUUAUACUUUUUAUGAUCAAUUUAUUUUUGAUAAAAUAGAUAUGUUACCAGAUUUAACUAAUGUAAUGUUUGAAAAUUGGGAUUUUGAAAAACCUUCAAAUGAACCAUAUUGUGGAUAUAAUGAAAAUAAAUGUCCAAUAAAUUAUUUUAAAGAUUAUCUUACAAUAUCAAUUAUUGUUAUUAUUUUAAUUAUAAUUAUAAUAAUACUUAUACUACUAGUUAUAAUUUAUAUAAUAUACAAAAUUCGUAAAAACGCAUAUAUAGCAUUAACACAAUGGAGAAUAGAAAGUUAUAAAUUAGAAAAAAAAGAAAAUAUUGAUAUUAAUACAACUCAAUCAUUUUAUUCUUUUCAAUCAGGAAAAACAUCUAAAUCUAGUAAAAAUAUUACUAAUAAAGUAGAUAGUGACAGAUUUAUGUAUGUUUAUUAUGAAUCAGUAUUAGUUGUUGCUGAAAAACAUAAUGUUUUAUUUUUUGAAAAUACUGAUGAUAUGAAAGAAUUAACAGAAAUAUUUUUAUUAAAUCAUUCAAAUAUUAAUAAAUUUUAUGGAAUGUCUAUUGAUAGUAGUGUAACUUUAUCUAUUUGGAAAUAUUGUACAAGAGGAAAUAUCUUUGAUAUUCUUCAAACAGAUAACCCAAUAUUUGAUUUAUUUUUUCUUAUGUGUUUAAUAAAUGACAUUAUUGAAGGUAUCAAUUUUAUUCAUAAUAGUUUUAUUAAAUUUCAUGGACAAUUAACAUCAAAAAAUUGUUUAAUAACUGAUAGAUGGCAAGUUAAAAUAAGUAAUUUUAAUUCAAAAGAUACAAGAAUAAGAGAAGAAAUUAAUAAUGAAAAAAGACUUUGGAUGGCUCCUGAACAUAUUAGAAAUGAAGAUUAUUUAGGAAGUAUACAAGGUGACAUUUAUAGUUUUGCUAUUAUAUGUAGUGAAAUAAUUGGAAAAACUACUCCUUGGGGUAUUGAAAUGAAAGAUGAUUAUAUAGAUGAAAUAAUAUAUCUUGUUAAACGAGGAUCAUCACCACCAAAUAGACCUGAAAUUAUUCCUCAUCAAAAUAUUGAAAUAAAUUCAGCUUUUUUAAUACUUAUAAAAGAUUGUUGGAAUGAAAGACCACAAGAUCGUCCUGAAAUAAAAAAUAUUAAAAGAAUUGUAACUGCUAUGGGAGAAAAAAAAAAGAAAAAUCUUAUGGAUCAUGUUUUUUCUAUAUUAGAAAAUUAUGCUAUAACUUUACGUGAAGAGGUAAAUAAUAGGACAGAAGAAGUUUUAGAAGAACAAAAAAAAAGUGAUAUUUUAUUAAAAAAAAUGUUACCAGUUGCUGUGGCAGAAAAUUUAAAAUUAGGAAAAUCUGUUCAACCUGAAACAUUUGAUUCAGUUACUGUAUUUUUUGCUGAUGUUGUAAAAUUUACAAUUUUAUCAUCAAAAUGUUCUCCAUUACAAGUUAUUAAUCUUGUUAAUGAAUUAUUUACAAAAUUUGAUAGUAUAAUUGAAUCAUUAGAUGUUUAUAAAGUUGAAACUAUUGGUGAUGGUUAUUUAUGUGUCUCUGGUCUUCCAAUUCCUAAUGGUAUUAAACAUGGUAAAGAAAUAGCAUUAUUAUCAUUAGGUUUUAUGGAUAUUUGUAAUGAAUUUAAAAUUCCUCAUUUAUUAGAUGAAAAAAUAAAUGUUAGAGUUGGUUGUAAUUCUGGUCCAUGUGUUGCUGGAGUAGUUGGUUUAUCUAUGCCAAGGUAUUGUUUAUUUGGUGAUACUGUAAAUACAGCCAGUAGAAUGGAAAGUAAUGGUAGACCAGGAAGAAUUCAUAUAUCAGAAUCAUAUUAUAAACUAUUACUUGAAAUUGGAGGAUUUCAAUUAGAAGAACGUGGAAGUGUUAUUAUAAAAGGAAAAGGUGUUAUGACAACAUUUUGGUUAAAUGGAAUUACAGAUAGUACUAAAUAUUCAAAUAUUGCUUUUAUUGAAAAUGAUACAAAAAAUAACAAUGAUUCAUAA